CGAGCACGGGAGUCUAAGAGACGGAUCUUGCCUUGGAAAUGAUCUUUUUCUGGAGUACUUUCCUCAUUUUCUCAAAGGAAAGAAGAUGCUUUGAUAUAAAGCCCGACUUCACUUCCAGCUUCCCCUGCUAAACCCCACUCCAGGAGAGACCCAGCGUUGAUAAAAACAGGACAAGUCAAAAAUCGACUCUGCUCCGUGGCAGUUGAUGCUUCCACAGCUUCCUCCUUCCUGCCCUCUGCUUGCUCACAGUCAAGGGACAGGUGCAGCAGAUGCUGAUUCGCUCGAGUCUUACCUGAAGGGCAGGGCUCGUAGAUCUCCACCAGGGCAGCACAGACACUGCGAGAGAUGCUUCAACCGUCACUGCAACGUUCCCGUGGAACCCGAUGUCUCCUGUUUGGUGAUAAACUGCCGCCUGCUCUGUGGUGCCACUUUCCACAUGUGCAAAGAAGCAGAACACGAACUCCUCUGCCCUUUGGAACAGGUUCCCUGCCUCAACUCUGAGUAUGGCUGUCCCCUGUCCAUGUCCCGCCACAAGCUGGCCAAGCACCUGCAGUUUUGCCCUGCCAGUGUGGUCUGCUGCUCCAUGGAGUGGAAUCGCUGGCCCAAUGUGGACUCUGAAACACCUCUUCAUGAGAACAUCAUGAAAGAGACCCCUAGUGAGGAGUGUUUGGAUACAGCCUUGGCCCUCCAGGACCAGAAGGACCUUUUCAGCAGUUUGAAGAUGGUUGAACUUUUCCCAGAAACUAGAGAGACCACCGAGCAGGAACGAACUAUGAAUGGUGGAACCAGCUGGGAGGAAAUGGGAGGAGCAGUGGGUGGAGUGGAUGCUUCUUUGGUACCUAAUGGCUCUCUGUCAGCAAUCAAUGGAGAGAUGGUAGAGUUGAGCCAGGAAGAAAGAGAGACAUUAGCAAAGACUAAAGAAGGCAUGGACCUGGUCAAGUUUGACAAGUGGGAAAAUAUAUUCAGCAAAGAGCACGCGGCCUCAGCCUUAACACAUUCAUCCAUGAUCCGCGAGGGCACAAGCAACACUGGCUCUGGAAAAGAACAGAUUUUCAGCAACAGAAACGCGGUAGAAAAUGGUGCUGCCAAUGGGAAAGACUCGGAGGAAAACCAGAAGCAAGAGGACUUUCAUGCGGCUAUCGAAACAACAGGGCUUGCUCCUUGGCAGGAUGGUGUUUUGGAAAGGUUGAAAACAGCAGUGGAUGCAAAGGACUAUAACAUGUAUCUGGUGCACAAUGGGAGAAUGCUCAUUCACUUCGGUCAGAUGCCUGCUUGUACACCGAAGGAGAGAGAUUUUGUCUAUGGUAACCUUGAGGCUCAGGAAGUUAAGACUGUUUACACCUUCAAAGUUCCUGUGAGCUACUGUGGAAAGCGGGCUCGAGUUGGAGAUGCCAUGUUGAGUUGUAGUCCAAGUGAGAACAAGGCCGUAGACACUUCAGAUUUAGGUGUCACUGUGAAAGACCUGCCCAAAUCUGACCUUAUCAAGACCACCCUGCUGUGUGCUUUGGAAAGAGAACUCAAAGGUCAUGUCAUCUCUGAGUCUAGGAGCAUUGAUGGGCUGUUCGUGGACUUUGCUACGCAGACAUACAACUUUGAGCCAGAGUACUUCCCCUCCGGGACAGUACUGGCUGACCUCAUAACGACCCCCCACACAGAGGGUCUCCAUGUGGAACUCCACAGUGAAUGUGUGACCAGAAGACACAACAAAAGCAGUUCUGCCUUCACCUUCACUUGCAACAAGUUUUUCAGGAGGGAUGAGUUCCCGCUACAUUUCAAGAAUGUCCACACAGACAUUCAAUCGUGUCUCAAUGGCUGGUUCCAGCAUCGAUGCCCCUUGGCCUAUUUGGGAUGUACAUUUAUUCAAAAUCAUUUCCGUCCCCCGGGGCAAAAAGCAAAAUUGAUCUAUAGUCAGAAGCUCCAGACCUUUGCCAUCAAACCUGAAGUUGCUUCAGAGUUGAGUGAGGGAAGGAAGAGUAAUCACCUCUCUGGUCAUGGAGAAAAAAGCCAGAAGUCUCUAACCAGCCUGCCUCUGGAGAUUUUGCAGUACAUUGCUGGGUUCUUGGACAGUGUCAGCCUUUCCCAACUCUCCCAGGUGUCUGUGCUGAUGAGAAAUAUCUGUGCUACUUUGUUACAAGAGAGAGGAAUGGUCCUUCUUCAGUGGAAGAAGAAGUAUUCCCAGGGAGGCACCUCUUGGAAUGUCUACAGAGAGAUCUGGCAGUUCAGCAGCCUCUUCUCCAAAAUCAAGAGCUGGGAGUUUAAUGAAGUCGCAUCCAUGUCUGAACACCUGAAAACCUGUCCUUUCAAUGUAGUUGAGCACAAGACGGACCCAAUUCGUUUGAUAUGCAUGUGUCAGCCCCAAGAGCAAGCCCGAGAGAGCUUAGUAACAACGUUUAGAGCUAAAUCUCGAGGAAGACACAACUACUAAAAAUGCAGUUGUCACUGUUCUUGGAUUUCUCCUUGGUGUUACUGAAAGUAGGAUGAAGUGUAGUCUGGAGGACGCCUCUGAAAAAAUUCCCUAAAGGAUGCCAUGCCCAUAGUAAUGUGUAGGUAUGCUUCUUAGUAUAACAAAAUCUGAUCACACAAUUAUCUAAGUUGCUCACAUAGUUACAAUACUUAUAUAACGGUUAUGAUUCCAUAUAGAUCUUCCUGUGUAGUUAUCUACUCAUUGGUACUUAGAUACAUAGUGGCUUUAAGAUGGGAGCCAAGUGGAACUGAUUUAUUUAAUGUGAUUUCAUAUUUUUGGGUCACAUUCAAAAAGAUAUCCAUUCAGCAAUCUCCAGAUGUAAUUGGAGCCAGAAACCUUAUUUAUCUAUGUUUAUCUCCCCCUCACCUUAAUCGAUGACAUUUUUCCUGCAGUUCUAGCAGUCAUCAAGCAAGGGAAAAAGAAGGGAAAAUAUGGACAGCCAUUAUGGGAAAGCCAGGAACAAUAAACAGCCAAAAACAGACUCCAGUCACUCUAUGUGCUUUGUUGCCUAGGUCUCUUUCUCUGAAUCCAGUGUGGAACUGGGAUGGACAAAGUAGAUGACAUCUCUGUGAAAAGUCAAAUGCAUCAGGACAAUGUAAGGGCAGAAGCAGGCUCAUCUGUUAAUUAUAAUUAAAAUAUACCACUUGGUAAUAUUUGGUAAUAGUUUCUCCCCUUUCCUUGUUAUUUGUUUUAUAUCUCACAUUGGUAUAUAAGGUACCAUUUUCUAAAAAUAUAACUAGAGUGUGAGUGAAGAUGGCAAUCAGAUGAGUAACUAAAGGGUGAGUAACUGACAACCACCACAGAUGUUGGAGGAAAGAGUUCUACUCAUGUCAGUUACAUGUGUUUUGAAUCUAAUCCUUCCCUAUGAAGAACAAACGUUCCUAAAGUUGACUCUUGAUUUACUUAACUAGGAAAAGAGAGAAAGUGGAGCUACUAAUCAAGGAUGAUGAAAAUCAGGGGCCAUUGUUAGAAGGAUGGAAAGAAUAAAGAAAAGACAAGAUCAGAGACUUUUUCUUUACAAGUUGGGGUCCUUUACAACAUGGACAGAGGUAGUCCAUGUUUAGCAGAGCAGCUGAGAGUGUUCUCACUGUGGGAUGCACACUUCCAGCUGUGAUUUACUCUCAUAGUUACUGCCUGCAGAAGAAUUUGAAAAGUUCCACAGUUUUAAAAACAUUUCUAAUGUUAUGCAUUGCAGAAAACCAUGUUAAUGCAGGUAUCUACUUGUUUAUGUAAAGUACACAUUAAUGGUGAGAGUGUGGUUAGAACAAAAGAGAAGCCUUUUGUUAAAUAUAUUAAACAAAAUAUGUUAUGA